AUGGGCACAUGUUUGAAAAUUGCCCUUCUAACCCAGCAGCAGUUUGUUAUGUGGGAAACCAGAAUUUUAACCGAAACAGUGGCCCAUACUCAAAUUCGUAUAACCCAGCUUGGAGCCAGCAUCCGAAUCUAUCUUGGGGGGGGUCAAGGAGCAAGUUCCAGCAGCGCACCAGCACAAGGGAAGCAAGCUUAUCCGCCAGGUUUUUCUCAGCAGCCAAGGGCUCCACAACCGCAACACCCUCAAGGCUCUCAAUCCAAUUCUUUGGAAAGUAUAAUGAGGGACUAUAUGGCAAAGAAUGAUGCAGUGAUACAAAGUCAGGCAUCAUCGCUUCGUAAUCUUGAAAUGCAGCUGGGGCAAUUAGCCAAUGAUCUGAAAAAUAGGCCUCAAGGUUCUUUGCCUAGUGACACAGAAAAUCCGAGAAGGGAUGGGAAGGAACAUUGCAAGGCCAUUAAUUUACGAAGUGGAAAAAUUCUGGAAAAUGCUGAGGAGAAAACAAAGGGCAGUAGGGAGCCCACUUCAAUCCAAACAGAAGGAGAAUCUAGUAAAAAACCAGCAAGUGAAGCAACUGAAACUGGCCCAAUUGAUACAGCAUCGGGUCAGCAAUCUGUUCCAGUAAAGUCUUUACCAAAACCGCCCCCACCAUUUCCUCAGCGGUUUCGAAAACAACAGCAAGAUGGGCAAUUCAGGAAAUUUCUGGAUGUUUUAAAACAGCUCCACAUCAAUAUUCCCAUAGUUGAAGCAUUGGAACAAAUGCCAAACUAUGUCAAGUUUUUAAAAGAUAUUUUGACGAAAAAAAGAAGGCUGGGAGAGUUUGAGACUGUUGCUCUUACAGAAGGUUGCAGCGCCAUGUUGAAGAGUAAAAUCCCUCCGAAAUUGAAGGAUCCUGGUAGUUUUACAAUCCCUUGUUCUAUUGGGGGACGAGAUGUUGGAAGGGCAUUGUGUGAUUUGGGCGCGAGCAUUAAUCUCAUGCCGAUGUCGAUUUUUAAGAAACUUGGUAUAGGUGAAGCAAGGCCUACUACUGUGACAUUGCAGCUGGCAGAUAGAUCUAUGGCCCAUCCAGAAGGGAAAAUUGAGGAUGUUUUAGUGCAGGUAGACAAAUUUAUAUUCCCAGCCGACUUUAUUAUUCUGGAUUAUGAAGCUGAUAGAGAAGUACCAAUUAUUUUGGGGCGGUCGUUUCUUGCUACGGGGAAAACAUUAAUUGAUGUACAGAAUGGUGAACUCACUAUGAGGGUAAAUGAUCAGCAAGUUACAUUCAGUGUAUUCAAGGCUAUGAAAUUUCCUGAUGAAAUCGAUGAAUGUUCUAGUGUGGAUGUGAUUGAGACGCUUGUGGCUGAGAAGUUCAGUAAGGAAGUUGAUAUGGCUGAGUUGGGAGUUUAG